AAUCGCGUUUUAAUGAAAUUUGCCCCCCCUCCCUAAUGCCCUCAAACUACAAUCAACAGAACGACGAUUUUAGUUCACAUCGGAAGGCACUUUUAAGUUAAUUACCACCACAGAGAUCCGGUUUCCCGCAAAUGUGCCGCAGCCGCCCGCGGUGGAACCCUCGAAGCUUCAACAAUCAACAAUUGUGACCGUGUCUUGAUUUCUUGCGACUUAAUUUUUAACGGGUGGACGCAGGUUCUCUGCCUUUAAUCACUUCUUCUGAUCUGCAUAAUAAUCCGUCAAUGGAGGCCCCUGACGCUAAUGCUGACGUUGGACGAACCCAGAAUCGCGAUGAUGAUAAUACUUCGAGACAAGAUUUCGGGAAACUGCUUUACGGGUGCGAGCAUUAUAGGAGAAGGUGCAAGAUAAGAGCCCCUUGCUGCAACCAGAUUUUCACUUGCCGUCACUGUCACAACGAAGCCACAAGUGCCUUGAGCAAUCCGAAAGAGAGACACGAGAUUGUUCGCCAUGAUGUUAAGCAAGUUGUUUGUGCGGUAUGCGGUACAGAACAACAGGUUUCCAAUAUCUGUUCGAAUUGCAGAGUCAAAUUUGGAGAAUACUUCUGCGAUAUAUGCAAAUUCUAUGAUGAUGAUAUCACCAAAGAGCAGUUUCAUUGUAAUGACUGCGGCAUUUGUAGAGUUGGCGGGCGAGAAAACUUCUUUCACUGCCCUAAGUGUGGAUCUUGCUAUUCAAUAGGUCUACGCGAUAAUCACUUGUGUGUAGAGGACUCAAUGAAGAGCCAUUGUCCCAUCUGUUAUGAGUUUCUUUUUGACUCGACCAAACAAACAACGAUUCUGAAGUGCGGGCAUACAAUGCAUGUGGAGUGUUAUGAGGAGAUGUUCAGCCAAAACCAAUACCGCUGUCCAAUCUGCUCCAAAUCAGUGUUGAAUAUGUCUAGAACUUGGGAAAGAUUGGAUCAGGAGAUUGAAGCCACUGCAAUGCCCGAGGAAUACCGCUAUGAAGUUCAAAUACUGUGCAAUGAUUGCAACAAUAGGAGCAAGGCAUUUUUUCACAUCUUUGGCCACAAGUGCCAGCAUUGUAAUUCUUACAACACCCGUGUGAUAACAAGUGGGGAGAAUAAUCAAAGAUAACUAAAUGCGAAUUGUUUGCUGCUUCACUUGAUUGGCAGAUAUUGCUACUUCCGCGGAAGCUUUACCGGGUUAUCCAUCAAAAGAUGUUUUCCCAACUAUUCUUUGUGUUGCCUGCUUUUGAUUAGGUUUGAUUUGCUAUACACCAGGUAUCUCUCGGAUAUUUAGAUGAUUAUUCUAGCCCACCAGUGACUUGAUGACUAUUCGGUUAUGUAGAAAAAUUUGUGAUAAUUACUUUACAGAUACGAUGUGUCCACUGGGGUUCUCCAGCUUCUUGUAUAUAUUUAUCAUUUUGGGUUCUAGUGUGAAAAAUAAAAUAAAAAAUAAAAUUCUCUUUGUCUUGACAGAAAA